AUGUCAAAUCUGCCCGAUGACUAUAAACCACCCGAUCCAUAUAAUCUUCCAACAGGUCCGUUAGAUACAAGUACAUCAUCUUAUGGCUUUUCUCAUACGAUGAUUCGUAUAAAGGACCCUCAUGUUUCACUUGAUUUUUAUACACGUAUUCUUGGAAUGACUCUUGUUCGAAUAAUGCCAAUGGCUGCUGGUAAAUUUACAAACUAUUUCUUAUGUUAUCCUCAAUCAGAAGUACCAGAUACUGAUAAUCACGAUGGUUUAAUGCAAUGGUUAUGGCAACAACAAGGUAUUCUUGAAUUAUGUCAUAAUUGGGGCACAGAAUUACCUUCAAGUGGAUUCGAAGGCUACAAAUCUGGUAAUGAACCUGAGCAUAAAGGAUUUGGACACAUUUGUGUAUUUGUUGAUGAUCUUCAUAAAGCUUGUGAUCGAUUCACUAAACUAGGUGUACAAUUUAAAAAGCGACCGGAAGAUGGCCAAAUGAAACAUAUUGCAUUCAUCUUAGAUCCAGAUCGGUAUUGGAUUGAAAUUAUACAAAAAAGUGCUGGAGAUAAAGAACAUGCAAUUCCAUAG